UGUAUGUACUUCGUAUUGAAAAUGGUGUUUAGUGGUUGUUAACAAGCAUGAAUUUUCUUUUUCUUCUCAUCAUCUAUAUCUUCUUAAACUUAGCCUCCUCAGUAUCUGGCGUCCAGAGUAGUACUUUUAUCAACUUCUCUUCUUUCAAAAAUGAUAGUUGCAGCAAUGGGAGCCUUAUUUGUAUGGGUUCAGUGACCGCAUGUAAUGGCUACUUGAGUCUUACUCCGGAGCCAGAGCAAGCCAAUAAUUCAACCUCAACAUCGUAUCAGGACUCACUUUAUAAAGUUGGGCGGGUUCUACUUCACCAACCUGUACUAGCUUGGCCCGCCGUUAUUUCUACUACCUUCACUGUCAGGAUUUCCACCUUCGCUAAUUCAGCUGCUUCUGGAGAUGGGAUGACGUUUAUCAUGGCAGAGAAUAACCAUCCUUCACCACCUAAAAGCUAUGGCGCUUAUCUUGGAAUCAUGGAUGAAACCACAAAAGAUGGCGUGGUUCGUCAAGUAGCAGUAGAGCUGGACACUUACAUGAAUGAGUUUGAUCUUGAUCCAGACGGAAACCAUAUAGGCAUUGACACAACAAGCAUAACAAAACCAGUUGCAGCCAAGAGUCUCAACAGCACUGGGAUUGAUCUCAAAAGUGGAAGAGAAAUUACCGUCAAAAUUGAUUAUGACGGAUACAAGCAGAUGCUCCAUGUUUCUGUGGGAUAUGCUGGCAAACCCUUAAUCAAAUUUCUUGACCAAUCUAUUAUCAUGUCAGAUACAGUUCCAAGCUCCGUUUAUGUGGGUUUUACAGCCUCUACGGGGCCCCAUCCUGAGAGCCAUCAGCUCAUUAAUUGGAUAUUUACAUCAAUACAAAUUGAAAGCAAGGGGCAAUCGGAAGAGGAUAUCAUAAAAGCCAUUUUGGUUAUUGUAGUUCCGAUUGUGGGAUUAUUGAUUGUGGUCGUGUUCGCUUUCCCGUUUAUUCGAAGAACCCUGAGGAAUAAAAAAGAGAAGAAAAAGAAGAAAGUAGAUAUAGAAAGACGUUCAAGAAGUGCUGCUAAUAUUCCUAAAAUGUUCACCUACAAGCAACUACAAAAGGCUACUCACAACUUCACCAACGAUAACUUACUGGGCAAGGGUGGCUUUGGAAUUGUUUAUAAGGCCACCAUUUCAAAUCCUCCUUCAGUUGUAGCCGUCAAAAAGAUUUCAGCAACCUCACAUCAAGGUGAAAGGGAAUACUUGGCAGAAAUCUGUACUAUAGGGCGCCUAAGGCACAAGAACAUAGUGCAGCUCCAAGGUUGGUGCCACGAGGGAGAGCAUCUUCUCCUAGUUUACGAAUACAUGGCCAAUGGUAGCCUUGAUCGUUUCAUUGGGAAGGGCUUUCUUGAUUGGAAAACCAGAUACAAAAUCUUAACAGGAUUGGCAUCAGCUUUGCUAUAUCUCCAUGAAGAAUGCGAUAACCCCGUGGUUCACCGAGAUGUUAAACCAAACAACGUAAUGUUGGACUCCGAUUACAAUGCUCAUUUAGGUGAUUUCGGACUCGCAAGAUUGCUUCAAAACGAUGCCUGUGCAACCACCAUGCUUGCUGGUACUCCAGGCUAUUUGGCCCCAGAAGUAGGCUUCUCAGGAAAGGCUACCCCAGAAUCGGACGUCUACAGUUUCGGUAUGGUAGUAAUUGAAGUAGUUUGCGGGAGAAGAUCAAGGGGAAUUUUGGAAGAAAAUAGUUUAGUGGAUUAUGUUUGGAGUUUACAUGGAAAAAAUGCGUUGCUCGAGUGUGUGGACCGGCAGCUACAGGGAAAAUUUGAUGAGGAACAAGUGAAGAGAACGUUGAUUUCUGGACUUGCAUGUUUGCAUCCGGAUUGUACAUUGCGGCCUAAGAUAAGAAAAGUGCUACAAGUUUUCCUGAACCCGAAUGAGCCUUUGAUGGAGUUGCCAGAAUCACGGCCCAGUUCUGUUUAUGUAUCGGUGUCUUCUUCUUCCUCUUCUGCUGCAACAACCAAUUUUGGGUCGGGAAGUGGCAAUGCCUUACUAAAGCCGCCCAUGCUAUACCACGAUGAGAUAGAGGUGGAUGUGAUGCCAGUUUAAUAUAAAUAAAUAUAUUAUAAGAUUAUGACCAGUGGCAUGUAUACAUAGGACUUUGUUUCUGAAAAUUUUAUUUCUUUUUUCGGGUG